GAGCUGAAAGAUAAGCGAGACUGCAUGGAGCUGGAAGAUAAGCGAGACUGCAUGGAGCUGAAAGAUAAGCGAGACUGCAUGGAGCUGAAAGAUAAGCGAGACUGCAUGGAGCUGAAAGAUAAGCGAGACUGCAUGGAGCUGAAAGAUAAGCGAGACUGCAUGGAGCUGAAAGAUAAGCGAGACUGCAUGGAGCUGGAAGAUAAGCGAGACUGCAUGGAGCUGAAAGAUAAGCGAGACUGCAUGGAGCUGGAAGAUAAGCGAGACUGCAUGGAGCUGAAAGAUAAGCGAGACUACAUGCUGAAAGAUAAGCGAGACUGCAUGGAGCUGAAAGAUAAGCGAGACUGCAUGGAGCUGAAAGAUAAGCGAGACUACAUGGAGCUGAAAGAUAAGCGAGAC